CUGCCGGUGAGAAUAUGGGCGCAGAGUGGGCUUCAGGGUACCUCCACGUGGUCAUCUUUUAUCCCCAGGCAGUGUCGUUUCUUCCUUCAGAACUCUUCAUUCUUCCUGUGAGAUGGCAUCUUUACCACUUACUUUCGUGACCAUUUCACCCAAGGCGAAACAUACCGCCACAGUCAUACUCGCUCAUGGAUUGGGAGAUAACGGCCUGGAUUUCUCAAACAACAAGGAGAUGCGUACGAUCGCAUCCCAGCUUCCCCACAUCAAGUGGGUAUUCCCUAGUGCGCCUGAGCGCUUCAUUACCGCGUGGAAAGGAGAUUCGAGGAGGCAAGGCUUAACCAGGGGCUGGCUUGACUUCUUACGCGAGCCUUUGACAUAUUCGUCUGAAUACGAAGACAUUCAAGAGUACGAUGAGGGAAUUAUGCAGAGCGUAAAGCUCUUAGAUGCGUUUAUCCAGUCUGAGAUCGAUUCAGGGAUUCCAGAAGGACGUAUCGUGCUUGGGGGAUUUAGCCAAGGGGGUGCGAUAUCCCUGAUCACAGGUUUGGGUGGCAGUCAGUGGAGGGGUGCAUCCGACACGAAACUUGAUGGUUGGAAGUUGGGGGGAGUCGUAUGUCUGGGGGGUUGGCUUCCCAUGCGGGAAAAAUACAAAAAGCGUUUGUCCACGCACGCAUCUACGAUACCUGUGUUUUGGGGGCAUGGAGUGCAGGAUGAAUCUGUGACUUGGGGUCUGAGCUGGGAGUCAGCCGAGUUCAUAGGAGAUAAAGUCGAUGUCAGAUACGGUCAGUAUACGAAGAUGGGAGAGCCGGGUGUUAGCUUCAUGUCGUAUGGCGUGGGGCAUUGGAUGGUUGAAUCUGAGAUGGAGGAUCUGAGGCUGUUUCUGAAGAAGGUCCUCCCUUUGGAAGGAUAGGGGCGGGCCGGCGCGUCCUUGCUGUGUACUGAGCUACAGACUUUUUUUCUGUCCUCUUUAUGUUAGGUUGAAAGCAUAAAUUCGAUCGA